ACCAAUCGUCUUCCCGUCGAAAAACAAUUCUGCAACUUCUGCAGACAUGGCUGUGUUGAGCAAAAUACCACACAGUUGCUAUGAAAUUGGUCAUACAUGGAAUCCGUCUUGUGUGCAGUCUGCAUUGGAAGUAACACGGGGGGCACUGGAGGUGUCUUUUAAGAUUUAUGCUCCGCUUUAUCUGAUAGCAGCAAUUUUAAGGAAAAGGAAUAAGGAUUACUACAAAAAACGACUCGUUCCUGAGAUCCUUUUAUCUACCACCUUCCUUGGGGCUAAUGGAGGACUUUACAUUGUUUUCUUCUGCAUUCUCAGGAAACUCUUGGGAGGGUUCAACUCAUGGUCUGCGGGCUUUGGAGCAGCUCUUCCUGCCUCCUAUAUUGCUAUUCUCAUCGAGCGCAAGAGCAGGAGAGGGCUCCUGACAAUUUACAUGACCAAUCUGGCCACGGAGACCCUGUUCCGCAUGGCAGUGACGCGUGGCAUCAUCAACCCACUCAAACAUGGAGAGGUGCUGCUGUUUUGCAUCACUGCAUCCCUCUACAUGUUCUUCUUCAGGUGUAAAGAUGGUCUCAAUGGCUUUGCGUUCUCUGCACUGAAGUUCAUCGCUGGGAAGGAAGAGAUUCCAAAUCACGCCUUAGUAGGGCCGUCUGAGCAGGACUCCCACACGCCCGUGGAGAGCCCCACCACCACCGCCGCUGCGGCGGCUGCUGCUGCUGCUAUAGAGAGUGCACCUCCAGGCCGCCCGGGCUCAGGCCGGCCUGGCCUGCUGGCCUAUAUCCGACGGCUGCUGGAAUCAGUAUGCAAGCGUGGACCUAGACAUCGAUGUUGUAGACAUUACCAUGACAACUGUGUGUCCUACUGUGUUAAAGGGUUUGUUAGGAUGUUCAGCGUGGGAUACCUGAUCCAGUGUUGCCUCAAAGUGCCGUCGGCCUUCAGACAGAUGUUCUCCAAGCCGUCCCGCCUUCUCUCCUUACUCUACAACAAGGACAACUUCCAGCUGGGGGCCUUCCUGGGCUCCUUCGUCAGUAUUUACAAGGGAACAAGCUGCCUUCUGCGCUGGGUGCGGGAUGUGGAUGACGAGUUCCAUGCACUCAUAGCUGGUUUCCUGGCUGGCACGUCAAUGUUCUUCUACAAAAGCACUUCAAUAUCCAUGUACCUCUUCUCGAAGCUUGUGGAGACCAUGUACUUCAAAGGCAUCGAGGCUGGCCGCUUUCCUUACUUUCCUCAUGCAGAUACAGUCCUCUACGCCAUCUCUACAGCCAUCUGCUUUCAGGCUGCUGUGAUGGAAGUCCAGAACCUCAGGCCUUCAUAUUGGAAGUUCCUUUUGCGGUUGACCCAGGGCAGGUUCGCCAUGAUGAACAGGCAGGUGCUGGAUGUGUUUGGCACCCAGGCCUCAAAGGACUUUGGAGGAGUCAUUCCCAAGCUGAACCCCCUUCACAUCACAACGCUGCUGCCGUCGGGGGGUGACACUACUCUGGGCUGAUAUGGGGGAGGCGUGCUAAGGUCUUAGCGGGCUGAGGGAGAGCAGGGAGUUUUGAUCACCAAAAACCUUUUAGCACUUCCUCCAAACACAGAGCUGGUCUGUUCUUGCAGGCCAACACAGCAGCUGUUGAAAGGAAGAGCUGUUGUGUAGUGAAAAUAAGGAUUGAGGUGUGCGUAACCAGCUCUCUAUAUUGUCGUGGAGUACACAGACUUUUACAUAUAGUGUGAUUGAAGAUGUUUCUAUGAAUCUAUAAAUAGAUCAAACAGCAAAAAAUAUUGAAUGGCUGAAUAGGUUUAAAAAUAAUUCAGGUGGUUGAUUGCCAGUGAGUCUUGUUUGUGUUGGAUAAAAGAUCACAAGUGGAUAAGUUUGUAGCAUUUAUCAUAAAGCACUUAUUGCUUGACUGAAAUACUUGAACUACAUCAUGUUUAUUGAUGCAGUGGUAGGGCGAUACAAACACAUUUAUUGAAGACUGCUUGAAUCCAUAAAAUUAGUGAUAGAUUUUAGUAAAAAAACUUUUAAGAAUUGUUUUGGUUUGUUUACCUUGUCGAGACAGACCUCAGUGUAGUCUCGAGGUAGUAUGAUGUAAUACUUCUCUGCAGAAGAUCACUUGCAACCAUUUUAAUUUGUAUUCAUUCAAAUUUUUGAUCAUGAUUUGUUGUAAAAGUGUUGAGUUAAAAUCUUCACAAUGACAUUUAACUUGAUUAUAAAAGUGUAAUUUAUCUUUUAUAAACACAUCUUACAACUAAUACCUUUUUGAAGUACAUACAUUACAACUUAUUUUUUGUAAUUCCAUUUUUUCAAAUACAAGUCGUAUUUGUACAGUUUACAAGACAACCAUUGUAUGGAUUUACAUUCAUAGCAGAAUUUAAAUAGUAUUUGUAAUUUAGGGUCACAAUGCAAUUUUCUGUGAUUUCUGUUCAGGCACGUAGGUUUUAUACCAAAUCAGAACAGCUAUAGCAGUACCAGUAGAUCUGGCAACAAAUACACUCUGACCAAGGAGAAAGUCAUCGACACUAAAAACAGUUCUAAAUCCUAUACAAUAAUUGUUGUGUGUAUGAUCGGUAUAAAUGCCUAUAAAAUCUGUGAAUUUAAAUAAAUAUUUUAGCCUCUCUUUA